UAUAAAUACUGCAUACAGGUGCAUGUUGUUACCUACUAAUAGAUGUUGUAUAAGAGAUAAUCACGUAAACAUUUAAAAUGGGUCAGCAAAUGGACGCAACGUAAGUUGAAGGUCACUAAAGCGUCGUUUGAGAGCCAAGGGAUCAUUAACAUGCGAGACAUACUUUCUAAACCUGUACGCCUGUACGUACCACCAGUUUUGUAACCGCGACGCUGUUGGACGCACGUAUGCUAAACCUGUGCCUCGUUUGAAAAAAGUUAAAAAGUUACGUUCCUAAUUCGAAUUGUCCUAGUUGCGGAUUUCAAAAAUGGAAAAGUGUUGGAAAUUGUUCCUGUUUAUGAUGGUGGUAGUGGUGGUGUUAAUCACAGUGGAAGCAACUGUCCCUCAGCCCAGAGCACCAAACUUCCAAUACUUUGAAAGACCAAAGUACCGGUACCCAUACUACGAUGAGAAUGGCAAGGGAAAACUAUUGUACGGCUACGGAGGCCCAGAGCUUUACCAGUACAAGUCUUACUCGCCGCUAGAGGGCAUCCAUUAACAAAGACUUUUCCAUGGAGGAAAAGUAUUGGGGAAAAACUACUUUUCAUUUACACAAGCCACAGUCAACCUAUGUUUUAUGAAAUUGAUGUAACUUUAGGGACCAUUUUUUUAACGGGCUUUGGCCCACCACACAUUCUCACCACUGUUACAGAAGAUUAUCUUCUGUAUCGCCAGGAUCGACAGCGGUAUCCAACCACGAAACGAAACAGGGACCAUGCGGGAACUCGUAGGUUUUGGAUUGGCAACAUUGGCGCCAUGGCAGCAGGAAGGAGUGUCCCGCAACACUAUUUAAAUAUUACUAUAAUAUAUAAUUCUGUAUGUCUGUACCUGGUUGAAUGGCUACAAUAAACUGCACCUUGCAUGAAACAUGUACUAUACUGUAAAUCAAUACGACUGUGGAAAUUGUAAAUGAAGAGUUAUUAUGCUAUUGUGAUAUCAUUAGAGAGCUAUAAUUAGUCAUUUUUAUUAUAUUUAAUAAAUAUUUUAUGGUAUUA